UUAGGCAUCAACUUGCCAGUCCUUGAUAUAAUCAUCUCCUCAAUUCGUCUUGCUUUUCCAGACGUCCAAGUCUGGUUCGAGUAACGCUGGUACAUCAAGUCGGCACUCCGAGUCAGUACUAGUCUCCGAGGCGCCGUGUGACCUCUCGGUCGACAUCGAGCCUCUUGCUGACGGAGGCAUCAGGGAUGCGAUAUUGGUGGUGGUGAUGGGCGUAUCAGGAACAGGCAAAUCUACUCUCGGUGUUGCGCUAUCAAAGGCUCUCUGUCUCCCUUUCAUCGAUGGCGAUGACCUACAUCCGCAAUCUAAUGUAGACAAGAUGUCACGCGGCGAACCUCUCACAGACGAUGAUCGCCAGCCCUGGCUAGAAACUAUUCGCAAUACGGCUGUCAGUAGCGUUCUCAAGAGGGAUGAAGAUAAGAAGCCGGGGAUCAUCAUUGCAUGCUCGGCGCUGAAGGGGAGUUACCGGUCGGUGUUAAGGGGCGAAACUCUGUCGGAAGCCGAGACAUCGAAGCAUUCGGGAAAGCUUCGGACGUGGUUUGUUUAUAUGAAAGGUUCGCGGGAGGUGCUCAUGGAUCGGAUGACGAAACGCCAAGGGCAUUUCAUGAAGGCUGCUAUGUUGGAUAGCCAGUUGAAGACGUUGGAGAACCCUGAGAAUGAGGAGGGGGUGGUGACGGUGUCGAUAGAGUGGUCGACUGAGGAUCAGGUGCGAGAAGUGGUUGGGGCUCUCAAGGAUAAGGAUGGCAGCAUAUGACAUCGAAGCAUUGAUAAUUAUUCCUUUAAAUAAAAAAUUGAAAUCAAAUACUACUUACAAUCUUACACUGUAGGCUUUUUCUUCGUCGACGGUCGACC